AUGUCCACUUCUUCCAUGAUGCUAUCUGUUCAGAGCGGUUUCCGAUUCCAUCAAGCGCCUCACCUCGAUAUACAACAGCGGAAAGGCGACCAAAACGGUAUUCAGUUACGAGGCCUAUGGUUACCGAUUGCGGUAUGUGUGGUUUUGCAUUUCCUUUUGAUGUAUGCAAUUUCUAGCUUAAAAGAGGCUCUACAGAAAUUGAUGUUUUUGUCUCCAACUCAUGCCAGGAGAGCAGAAGAGAUGAUUUGGCGCAAGGUUUUUUAUGAACCUUUACAUCUUUAUAAAGUAUAUGUUAAGAACAAUGACCGAGCAGAUCGUGUGACUGACUUUGAGUUGGCCCUAAAAAUGCACCUUACAAGUGGAAUCGGAUUCUACCAGUCGCUACUAUUGCAACUCCAGUCUGAGUGGCUUGAUUCGACUCGUGGAAACUUGCUUGCCUGGUUGCCAGUACCCUUUCAUAUCCCGACGUAUGACGAAAGCAUUUAUGAAUUUGACGUCAAACAUGUAAUUUCGUCGUUUGGCGAAAAGAUGGUUCAGAAAUGUCUUAUGUAUAUUGGGGAUUUGUUUCGUUAUCUACUCGAGUUUAAUGAAAGCGUUGGAAAACCUCUAGCUUAUGCGUACUACAACGCAGCACUCAAUUUCGACCCUGGUAUGGGUCUACCUCAUAAUCAGCUCGGAAUCUUGGAUGUGGGACGAUGCUAUGGUCUGAACGCCAUUUUUCACUAUUUGCACUGCCUUUGUGCCAGAGUUCCUUUUGAGGGCGCCAGACGUAAUUUACUAACAGUUUUGACAAAAAACGAAAUUCGCUACCGGAAGCUGUUCGGCGACAAACCCAUAUUUGGAUUGUAUGCACGUCGUCCAAAUCGAUACAGACCGAAAGACUUCCGAAAGACUAUCACAAAAUUCAUUUUUCUGAUUCAGUGCUUUCUGACGCAGAAGGCCGAUGGAUUCACAGCACACCAUUCGUACGUGUUUCAGGACACUCUUUUAGAGCUACACCUUAUGCUCAACCUCAGUUCGGCUCUAACAUUGGAACCCGAUAGAUGGUUAGAUAAGAUUGGACUGGAUGAUCAAUCUUCUGUAGAUGACGUGGAACUCAGGGGAGAAAGUUCGGUUUUCUCCGAGCAGCUAACUGGCCCUAUUUUCGUUCGUCUACUGAUGAUAGCGCUGCUGACGGCCAAUCUCAAGCUGUUGGAACAAACUCGGGCAACUAGACCGGAAGAAGACACUGCCGGCGACCUAUCAUCGACUCAGAAUUCAUCUGAGGUGCCGGUACCAGACAGCCCUACUGAAUCAGUGCAGUCAGAGACAAGCAGUGAUAAAGUGGUGCGGACUGACGAGUUUCCAAAUAUUUACGGCUUGUCUGAGCCGUUCGGGCCACUAUCCUUUGUGCUUCAGCUGAGCGAAUUAUUCAUGUCUCACCUCGCCACGCAACUGAACCAACACCUGGUUACCCGAGAGUUGCGUGGCAGUUGCGCUUUUGAUAGUUCUAUCAAAGACCAUCGACCUGCUCCACCUGAUGCUCCAGGUCAACCGACGGAUUCUGGAAAACUGGUCGCAGGUGAAGGUCCUUGUAAUGAAAUUCCUGACCGGGAUGUGAAUCUUGCCGAAAGACAGCAACCUCAAACGUUGGAGUUGGGGAACUCAACGGACUCUUCGGAUGGUGGUGGUGGUUUAGUACGUAGGCGAAUCCGCAAAGUCCCCGGUGGCGACUCUACGGAGAGGGAUUUAGAAGGAACGGAUGGUGAAGAAGAGGAUGUCGAGGAGGAAGAGGAGGAGGAGGAGGAUGAAAUGGAUUACAGCGAGGAGGCUGAUUUGAGUGCAGAUCUUUGGAGUUCCGAUGAUUCCAGUCCUUUUCAUUCUCAGGACGACGUAGACUCCUCCGCUCUUUCCUCAGAUGAGAAUGGUGAGUUCCGUUCAGACCAUCGAUUGAGACGGGGUCGAUUAGGCAGUGGAGUUACAAAACGCUCAGCGCGUUCUGGUCAACCAGUGGAACUCGAGGGCAAGGCGGACACAACCCACGGGAAGACACACUCGGAAGCUGUUUGUGGAGCUAAUGUGCGGUUGAGAAGAAAGGAACAGAGGACUGACCUUUUGGACCCUAUCACUGAAGAAGAAGCUCCGCUGAGGGAUCGACGACCUAAAGCUGAAGAUAGUGCUGAUAAAAAACCUAUCGAUUCGGAUACUGACGCGUCAGACACAUCAGGCCUGGUGUCUACUACCUGUCGAACUGGGCGACGCGGAGCACGCUAUACCAACCGUAAAAUGAACUUGUCAGAACCGGAUUGCUAUGACCCAAUAUGGCAUCAGGACGCCACAGAUAGGGGGUGUAUUGCAGACACCCCAAUAGCCCCCUACGAUGAGGAAUUCAGCGCGGAACCUGAAGAUUUGUCCAUGGAACUGGGCAAGCGCGUAUCAUUAAUCAGUCGUUUGUAUCUGCUGGCAUCAGUGAAGGUCAUGUUGGACUGGAUACAGACUGACUGCUUUAGACCGUUACGCUUUCUUCCUCACCAAAAUUCCAGUCCAAAGCAUACUGUCAUGCAGUAUGUUAUCCAGAGGUGGUGUACUCAGCUGACUUUGUUACUGAACCAAUUCUAUCCAUUGUUUGAACAAAUACUCGUGAAUUCGUCUACGAAUUCCCUGACAAAUUCCGACCCCAAUGAUCGAAACCCGCUCAGUCCAAACAACCCACUGGUUCAGUUCAUGUCUGCUUUUGGCAUGCAUGCUCUUGAGGACAGUCUUCGUGCGCCCUCCAACCAGAACAAGUUGUUUCAUUCGACCGUAGCCUCAUGCAACCACUCCCGUAUGAGUUCGCAGACAUGUCCACUACCAGAGGAUUGGCUUCUUCGGGGCCUCCCUUCUCUGGACGCAGCGCAUCAGCACAUUGACUUUAACCAAGCUUUCUCAACAACACCAUUCACCGGACUUGACGAGGGAGUGAUACGCGCACUAUGCAUGGUUUCCGCUGGACAUCAUCUGGUUCACCAUGCAGCAGAGUUGGGUGUUCAUUUUACCUUCGAACCAUCACGAACUCCACCCUUCCAAUCUUUCACACCUGGUGAAAAAACUUUGGCACAUCCAAAGCCUGAAGUCCACAACCUAGGCUGGUCAACUGUCCCUCAUCCUUCGCGUAGACGCCGUGCGCGAUAUUCCGGUGGACCCGUUUACUCGCGAGGUGGAAAUCGACGUGCAGAUUUCGUUUCUCCAAGGCAGGGACGUGCACGAUGGAACGCAAAGGGAUCGUACAAACGUGGUGGUCAUUCAAUUGCAAAGUACUCAACGAGGCCAGAGAGGUUUGAGCAAGGUUGGAACGAAGAUACUGUACAAUCCAGACGUUCUUCCCGUCGUCACAGUGCAGCAUUGCCUGGUGAUCCAAUCGAUGGCCCUGGGAAUAUGCCCGGAAAUUCUCACCAUCUGCCAGAAAACCGCAGUCGAACGGAAUCGGAGGAGCGAAUCGAUGUUAGCGAACUGCGCAAACAGUCUUCUAACAGCAGCCUUCCCGUUGAGGCGGUGAGAGAUGCCAAUACGGAUGGAGAGGAGGUUGCGUGUACUGUUGACGGCCCAUCCGAAUUCUCGGGGAGUCACUCCCAUGAUGACGCAGAAUCCCGCAAGACUCAACUGAUGCGGGAUAUGGCACGCUUGAGGCUUCUUAACGAAGUCGACCAGCUGGCUCGCCAGUGCAGGACCCGAUCACCUCGAACGCACCGAUCAGCUUCCCAAACGGAUAGGAACGUCUCAUCUGUCCCAACCACUGCUCCAGACGAUUCACGUCCUACUCAGCUAGCUGAUCAACUGAGCUAUGAAGUGAGCCAGCUUUUCGUGUCACCCUACCUGGUGGUUGACGCAUUUUGUUUGGCAAGUCAUCUUCCAGCUGUAAAACAGCUGGUGAACUCUGGCUCAUUCGUCGUGAUUAUCCCAGUUGCAGUUAUUUCGCACUUGGACUACCUCAAGAAGACAAUGGCUACAGCUCGCGUGGCUAUCCGCUAUUUAGAACAUGAAACACACUCUGGUAACCGAUUUCUUCGCCUACAACGACCUGAAGAACAACCAAAGGAACCUGUUCAGACACUGCGGGUCAUCCCUGCCAGGAGCAGUGUGGCCUCGAAUUUGGUGGAGUUAGAAUCAGAGGAAGACUCAACCGGUGACAGUGCCCGAAGCGCAAGUCCGCGAGUGGUUAAGCGAUGGCUUAGCAUUCUGGGAUGUGCCACUUACUUCUCAGAGCUGAAAAGUUUGGAGCAAACAAACGCACCUAGCCAAAAACCCGAGACCACCGAAGAUGCGGAGAAACAGCAAUCUGUUCCGGCUAUCCAUCGGAAUUCACCGACUGUUACAACCCUGGCGCACAACCCGGCAUCAUGCUAUGAUCUCUUAUCUCUGAGUCACGCUCCACCGGAAUUAGACUUGAACUCGGAACCCAGAACGGCCUUGGUUACUAUUUUGAUUGGUUCUCGAGACACACAACCUCAGGACACAAUUGUACCGCUGGAAUUCCUUAGACUCGUCCACAAGUCCGGAGUGCGUAUUGAACUAAUUCGUGACUUUUUGGUGCGUUGGCGAAAAAGGCGUACCACACAACCACGGCCGUUUUCAGAAGAAGAGGCAUAGCCUCAAGAAAGAGACAGGAAAUCGGAGCAUAAUUGCUAUAUUCUGUCUUCAUCUAUGGUUUUUGAUCAGUUAUAUUUUACAAUCCUGCUCCCUAUGUUUUCUCUCAUUUGAUGUAUUUCAGUGUGGUCUUCCAUCCAACUAGCUUUUAUCGUAACGCUGAAUUUGAUGUACAAAUGACAUCACAA